AUGUCUUCGACUACCCACUUCCCCGACCCCGAGGGCUUUCAACAACAGUCGGACAGUUUCGUUUCCUGGCUGCAAGCAACUCCAGGAGUGAAACUGAACCCCAAUCUCAGACUUGCGGAUCUCAGAGCAAGUGGCGCGGGAAGAGGUGUCGUGGCACAAAGCAACAUUCCCGAAGGCGAAGAACUCUUCUCGAUUCCGCGUGGCCUAGUCCUCGCCGUCCAAAACUCGGAGCUGAAGACCCUGCUCGGUCAGGAUGUUGAACAGCUCGGUCCGUGGCUUUCUCUCAUGCUGGUUAUGCUGUAUGAAUAUCUGCAAGGAGAGAAGUCACGUUGGGCUCCGUAUUUCCGGGUCUUACCUUCUCGCUUUGAUACCCUGAUGUUUUGGUCACCAGCUGAGCUGAACGAGUUGCAAGCUAGUACCAUUGUGGAGAAGAUUGGCAGAGAGGGUGCUGAGCAGUCUAUUUUGGAGAUCAUUGCUCCUAUUGUGAGAGGACACCCUGCUCUGUUCCAACCUCCCCAUGGUGUAGCUUCUUUCGACGGUGACGCUGGUGCUGCUGCUCUGCUUGAGCUUGCUCAUGUCAUGGGAUCUUUGAUCAUGGCUUAUGCCUUCGACAUUGAAAAGGCUGAAGACGACGACGAUGAGGCUGAGGCUGCUGAUGACAGCUACAUGACCGAUGAUGAGGAGGAGCAGCUCCCCAAGGGUAUGGUCCCGCUUGCCGACCUUCUUAACGCUGACGCGGACCGAAACAACGCCCGUCUUUACCAAGAGGAAGGAAGUUUGGUCAUGAAGGCAAUCAAGCCGAUCCAGCAAGGCGAGGAAGUCUUCAACGACUACGGAGAAAUCCCACGCGCGGACCUCCUCCGUCGGUACGGAUACGUGACCGAAAACUACGCUCAAUACGACGUAGUCGAGUUGUCAAUGAGCAGCAUCUGCCAGGCUGCCGGUCUUGAAAGCGCUGAUAUCGAGUCCCAACCUCGACUCCAAUUCCUCGAGGAACUCGACAUUCUGGAGGACGGCUACGUCAUUCCCAGACCUAUCAACGCCAAUCCGUCUUUGGAAGAUAUUCUCCCUGCUGAGCUGGUGAUUCUUUUGACUACUCUUGCCCUUCCCGAAGAUGAUUUCAAGCAACGUCAGUCUAAGAACAAGCCUCCCAAGCCCGCGUUCGAAGCCAACCAAGCUAUCAUCUUGACUCGGGCUUUGCAGAACCAGCAGUCGCAAUACGCCUCCUCUUUGGCGCAAGAUGCUCAGCUUUUGGCCUCGCUUCCUCCUUUGGAUAUCUCGGGUGCGUCGGACACCUCAGCUCGUCGAGCUAGGAUGGCACUUCAAGUGCGCAUUGGAGAGAAGCAAGUCCUGCAGGCUGUCCUAGGCAUGCUGGAGCCUACAACGACAGGAUCAUUAAAGCGCCCUGCCAAUGGCGACGACGGUGAUUCACGACAGUUCAAGACCCAGCGGUUUUGA